CGCCGGAGCUUUGGGGGGGGGGGGGCGGUGUUGACGGCUGCGGCGCAUGCACGUCCUAGGGUGCUCGAGCGGGAGACAGAAACCAGCAGGCGCGGCCGGUACUGCGGGCUCUUUACCUAAAAGAAGAUGGCUGAUCCUUGGCAAGAAUGCAUGGAUUAUGCAGUCACUUUAGCAAGAAAAGCUGGAGAGGUUGUCCGUGAAGCACUGAAAAAAGAAAUAUCUAUUAUGACUAAAAGCUCCCCAGCAGAUCUGGUAACUGUUACAGAUCAAAAAGUGGAACAAAUGAUUAUUUCUGCAGUAAAAGAAAAAUAUCCUUCUCACAGUUUCAUUGGGGAAGAAUCUGUCGCAGCAGGAGAAGGCAGCACCUUGACGAAUAAUCCUACGUGGAUCAUUGACCCUAUUGAUGGAACUACUAAUUUUGUACACAGGUUUCCAUUUGUGGCUGUUUCAAUUGGCUUCAGUGUAAACAAAAAGAUGGAAUUUGGAAUUGUAUACAGUUGUGUAGAAGACAAAAUGUACACUGGCAGGAAAGGAAAAGGUGCAUUUUGCAAUGGCCAGAAGCUUCAAGUAUCAGGUCAAGAAGAUAUUACAAAAUCCCUUUUAGUAACAGAACUGGGAUCAAACCGGGAUCCAGAAGUUUUAAAAAUUGUUCUGUCUAACAUGGAAAAGCUUCUCAGUAUUCCUAUUCAUGGUUUGUCUCUUAGGAUUAGAGCUGUUGGUACAGCAGCUGUAAACAUGUGCCUUGUGGCAACUGGUGGAGCUGAUGCAUAUUAUGAGAUGGGCAUACAUUGCUGGGACAUGGCAGGAGCUGGAAUCAUUAUUACUGAAGCAGGUGGUGUGCUGCUAGAUGUAUCAGGUGGACCUUUUGAUUUGAUGUCACGAAGAAUAAUUGCUGCAAGUAGCCAAACCCUUGGGGCGAGACUAGCCAAAGAGCUUCAGAUAAUCCCCCUAAAAAGGGAUGACGCAACAAAUUAAAUCAAUGCUUAACCUUCAAGUGCAAUAGUAAAAUGGUUGUCAUAUACUCUGUAUACUUGGAAAAUAUGUGUUGCACUUAAAUAUGCAAUGUGUUGUUGCAUAUUUUACUGAAUACCUUAUGAAGUUACCUCAGAUCAAGGUUUUGGAAUCCAACCAGUAUGAUGUGGUUAUAAAACGUGUUCCAAUGAUGUCUUUUGCACAUACUCAAAUUGCAUAGAUGAAUUUUGUUGUAAGUCUUAAUUUUACAUGUUGCAACUUUGAAGGAAAUACGCAACAAAAAAGCAAGUCCUUGCAACCAGUACAGUGGAAGGUAGAACAAUCAAUUUAGUAAUGUUAAAAAAUCCAAUUCUGUAAAUCCAUAAGGAACUCCUAUCUUCUUGUUCGUGUUUCUUAUAUUUUAUACACAGGAAACAGGAUAUGUUGUUUAUCUGGUCUUUAUAUGAAAUGGUUCUAAAGUUUUAGAGUACAGUGAGCCUCUCCAGAAGUUCUGACCAAUUAAAGACCGCUUUCAGACCUCACUAAAAAUAGUCACUGGUAAUUUGGGGUUUUGGGGCAUUAUUCCUUAUUCUCUUCACUAAUGAUUUUACUUGGUAUUGCUGGAAUUCCUCAGGGAAGCAUUCCCUACAUGAAGAAAAUUAGAUAGGUUACUUAUUCUUUAAACUUGAACUGAGUUUAUUUCAUUUACAAUAUUAUUAAAAGUACAGAAAGAAUUGACUAGCAUGCCUUGGAAUGGAUUUGUCCCAGGGAAUAAAAUCUGCAUGUACUUCCCAUCACUAUAUGGCUUUAUGCUAACUAGUACAAAAGAAAUGAAAAUACAUGAACAUAUAUUGUGUAAGUUAUGUCAGUUGACAUUUGUCUCCUGAACACGCAGUACCUGAUACAUAUAGUUUACCUGUAGUUUCUGUUAAUCUUUAAUGGUAAUUACUUGGACACUGUCUAGGGUGAGAGAGAAUUUACUUCAAAAUCUAAAAACAUUUAAAAUCUUUUAGAUUUCAGAUAACUUUGUAAAGCAAAUAUCCAGUAGUUCAAACCUUAACCUAGUAAUUAUUUGAAUGUUAGUCAUAUUUGAAAGCAUGUAAAGUAUUUGAAUACCAUAUUUCCUUACGUAUAAAAUGCACCUCCCCCCCAAAAAUCAGUUCCACAAAACGGGUGAAUAUUUUAAGUAAGGAAGCUGUUUUCUUUGCUGGAAAAGCAGCAAGCCUGGAGAUACUAUGCAUGCCUUGAAGCUGUCAACAUAGCUGCCAUGAUGGUGGGUUCCUCUGUUAACCUUUUCACAGCCAUAGCUAUUGGAUGAGCAACGUAGCUUGUGCCUGAAGCAGCAAGUGAGCUGGUGGUAGUAUCCUGAUGAGCCUUGCACUGUAAAAACAACACUUUAUGUAUCAGAACUUAUAUAAAGAACUACUUACAGUAAGGAAUUAACAGUCUUGUUUCUGCCCUUGCAAGGGUCUGGAGUCCAGCCUUGUGUGACUAAGUCUUCCCAGAAAUACAGCGGUUUCCAGGAAAUGUCAUCCCAGGAGAGAGUCUUCAUGAGGCAGUAAUUUCCUGGUGCCACUUUCUGGACACUCCCACUAGGUUUUAUUGUAUGUCCCACAGCUGACCUAGACGCUGAAAAAACAUUUUGUUCGUUCUCCCUUCCAAAAUCGAGGCAUGUAUUUUAUUUAGGGGUUUGUCGCAUGAAGAAAAUACAGUAUAAAAUGACAGUUAGUGGGUAAGUUAAUCACAAUUCUCUUAUGCUGCACCCUGUACAAAUACAUAAAGGGACACAGCUAUCCCUAAUGAGUUUAAUAGUAUUUAAAAUUCUAAUACUAGCUAGUCUGAUUUCAUAAGACCUUCAUGUCGGGUGUUCUUUGGAGUUUAUACAAACUUGUUUUUCAAUAAGUAUUUCAGUGGGCACUUUAAAUAUUUGCAUAUUUGAGAAUAAUAAUUAGUUGAUCAGUUUUGGGGCUGACUUUUCUACUGGGGCCAACAUUUUCAGAAGUGUUUUGACCAAUAUUGAGUGUCCAAUUGAGACAUCUCAAAUUAUUGAUAAUUUCUGAAAAUAUAGAUACUUAGCAUCCUGUCUCAUUUCUUUUUGUUCUUGGAAAUAGUUUCUUUUAUCUUAAAAUAAAAAUACCAGCAGAUCUCUUAAUACAAACCCUUGGAUCUUGAACCAGCUCGUGGUUUGGGAGUUUUAUUCCUAUGUUUUAGAGCAAGAAUGUCAAAAUUGUCCUGGGUCCAAAAGGUUUACCGAGGGGCUCAUCCCAGACUAGAAGUGGAAGGCCAGCAGCAUCACGUCUAGUGCUGGCAGUGGGGGUCUAGUGCUGGUGUGGGACUGACGCCAGUGGCAUGGUGCCAAUGCCAGGAGCAGUCAUGUAGUAGGAGGGUGAGGGCUGUAUCAUCAUAGCCCUUUCUCACUCCCACCUGAUGCUGACAUCUAUAUCCAUUGGGGCCCAGAGACCCUGAAUUCUCCAGCAGGUCAUACUCCACUAGUCCCACCACCUAACUUCCGGUAGCUAUUGGACUACUGCUGGACCAAAUGGAAGUUUCACAGGCCCGAUCCAGUCUGUAGGUCAUAUGCUUGACAUGAUUUUACAGGAAUAUUUUGAUAGAAAUGUUGUAUCCAAUAUGAUAUCAUGUUUAAAAGUUGUAAUCCUGGUUAGAUAAUUAUUACAUGUCCUUCGGGGCUGAUGACAAGGAGAAGGUGAUUUGAAUAUCACCUGUUAAGGCCUAGCAUGCAUGGAGUACAAUGCUCUUUGAGAUUCCGGUUUAUGAUUCUACAAGACCUGAGAUAGCAACAUGACUUUUUUUAGCGGGCUUUGCUAGCCCGUCAUCUCUGUGGGCUUUCAUAUGAAUUGUACAGAAAUUCUAAUGUUAAGCAUUUUUUGUUAUAUAACAUGGAGAUAUGUAUUAAAACAUUAUGUGAGGAGAUAAAAGUGUUUUGCAAUAAAAACAACUAAGCUAAAAGUGGCGCUCAGCAGGCUAGUUUUUGGAAGUUAAUAUCCUGGGCCCAUGUGCUCUAAGCUUCCUACGGCUGAAUAGGCUGUGGCAUUUUCUCUUUGGCCUCCCUGGCACACUGUCUAAGCGUAGAAUUUGUCUGCCCCCUUUUAUAUAAGGUGUUGAACUCGGCUGAUUUAGGCCUCCAGUGCUAAGAUGUCAAGAGUUUAACCACAUCCUUUCUGUGAAUUUCAAUCAUGUGGAUGCUCUGGUCUGCAGGACUAGGCUGCGUGAAGACCCCCUCAUUCAAAUAUUAACAUCCUAAUGUGGGCAGGAUCUUCCAUGGUUAAUCAGUCAACUGUAACUAUUCAAACUCAUUUUGGCAAAUGGCAGAAUCUUAAGAUAUUGUACAGCCUGCUAACAACUUCAGUGAAAAUAAUAGUGCUAAUGAAUUAGAACAGGUUUUCACUAGAACUAGUUUGAAUUUUGUGACAAAAUAGAUUUCAAAAUAUUUUGCAAAAAUAUUUGCGCUUUGGUGGACUUCUUUCAAAGCAUGUUGAAAUUAGGGCUUGCAGCCUCAAUUUCACUGCGGUUCUUUUGAAGCUUUAUUUUUACCCUUCCACCCCCCCCCCCCCCAAUUAUUUUCCAUUGGGAAUUUUUUCCUGGUCUGAAGUUGAAAUAUUUCCCAAAUCUUUAGGAAUUGCCUGCAAAACAGAAAUUCUGAAUUUUGAUCAGCUCUUGUUUUUACUGUAGGCUCAACCUAGGUUCUUGUAGAAAUUUUAACACAAACCCUACUUUAAUCCAUGAACAUCCCACCAUUUAUAUGUGCUUUGAGAGUGGUUCUCCAGCUGAGGAUAUAGGUUAUAGCAGGGGUGGGCAAUUAUUUUGGGUAGAGGGCCGCUUACUGAGUUCUGGCAAGCCAUCGAGGGCUGCCUGACAGGAAGCCAGAGGCAGCUAAAUAUUAAUUUUCUAAACUUUAGGGGCCCCGUGGGCCAGAUAGAGUGGCUUGGCAGGCCGCAUGCAGCCCGUGGGCCGUGUUUUGCCCACCCCUGGGUUACAGCCUAGGCUUGAAAUAACAUAGUUUUGAACCUGCCUACUCUUCGGCACAGGUGUGAAGUUUGGGCUUUUUAUAAGCCUGGUAUAGCAUUUUACUGGUAAUAGUAUUAGAGCAUUAUCCAGUCCUAUCAGACAUUCCCCAUCUUACAUCUGGAGACAAGCUGCUAUCCUGGCCCUAGGCUUUAAAGCCCGAGAUCCAGACCAUUCUUUGCAUUCCAGCCUAGUAGCUGAAAGCCACAAAACCAACUACUGCCUGAAGUCUCAGAACCUGUUCUCCACUCAGGCCAAUAAGCUCAUCAAAUCUGUAGAUGGCAUGUCAUAGUAUGGACCUCCCAUCAGUGGAGCAGGAAAUAUGCUGCACAAGAAGUGCAGCUAAAGAACUUCAUCCCCAACACCAGCUUCUGCCCGUCAGGUUGGCAGCUGUCCUGCAGGGGCUGGACUGCUUUUAACCAUCUCAGAAUGGACAUUGGACUGUUUAAGGCAAGCACACACUCUUCGGGCCUCCAGCAAUGCUGGCUGCAGAUGUAGUGCUCAAGCUUAGACAGCUGACCACAUAAUCUGAAUGCCCUUAUGGCCCUCCUAUAGGUGCCCAAGCAUGCUGUGUGUCUGCAACCUGAAAGUAGCAGAAGGGAUUGACUGAAUGGUUUCUUAUGAUUACCAGGUUAAAGACCUCUGCUACGUCUAUUGAGCUGCUAUGUUCUGCAGGCACUGAACAUCUCUGGGGUUGGAUGAGCUAUGAGCCAAUCUCUUAACUCUUGGAAAGUACAGGUGUUCCGGGUUUUCUCUACCUCAUGCAAACAUAAAGUGUAAAGAGAAUAGGUAGACAGCAGAUAAUUCUUUUAUCAGUGAAAUUGCACAACUUGGUGUUACUUCAGUUCAAAACACGUGAUUGUAUCUUUCGCAGAAUCUACUUAUUGAUAGCUGGGUUGCCUGCAAUGUUUUUUUAAUACAGGAUUUGGUAUUUCAGUGUCUUUUUCUUGGUUAAUAUGUGUGUUAGCAUUGCACAUUGACGUAUGAAACUGGGAAAGAGGAAGAGUCAGGAAUCGGGAGAUUGUAUCUGUAGCUUUUCAUCACAUAAAACCAAUAGGAAAUAAACUGAUAUGAAUUGAAAAGUA